CUCGAUGCCUGUGCCGAGUGAAAGAGUGGACGUUCUUUGCUACGACACCCUGAGCAUACGCAGGAGUGAGUGUGCGAGCGACGUGGACGGCGGUGGACAGACGGAGGACGGGCACGUGAGUGGGGCGAUCAGGAGAGUGCCUGGAUCGGAGGGAGGAUCUGGGAGGUGGUGAUGGUCGCCGUGUCGUCGUUCAGCCUAUCGCCUACCGCAGCGGUGGGCCUCGCCCGACAUGGGGAAAGCCGCCGCCGACGGCACGUCGCCGCCUAUGAGAAAGUGCUCGUCCGCCUUGAUCUCCCCGUCCUCCUCGCCGCGUCGACCCGGCGAACGUCUGCAGGCUCAGCUUCACCGCCGGCGUCCUGGACUCAUCCUCGCCCUACGCUCCUGCUGCAGUGCUGGUCUCUGAGCUGGCCUACAGUACUUGCAUACACACGCCGGCUAAUGUCAACUGUCGCCCGCACGCAAUCUGUCAGGCGUGGGGGCCUUCCCCGUCUCUGGAUCGACUCCUCGUUGUCUAGCUACAGGAAGCAGCUACAUACGCCUGCCUCUGCGCUGCCUUCUGCGAACGUCGUCUUGAGCGGCGAUACCUCGACAACCCUGACAGACUCCCCGUCCACAUUCAGCGCGGAGACUUUCCACGUCCUGGCCCUCUAUGACUACGAGGCAGCCGACACUGAUCAGCUGUCGUUCAAGAAGAACGAGGUGCUCGAGAUCAUCAAGCGCGAGGAUUCGGGUUGGUGGGCUGCUCUGCGCUCGGGCGAGAACCGGGUGGGGUGGAUACCACAAGCCUUCGUUGAACCCAUCUCCGAGAGAGUCGUGCAGCAACUCCAUGUCAAGGACGAUGCGCGUAUCGUCUCGCCCACAUCAGAUAUGUCCUCGAGGAGCGGGUCGUUCCUCAGCACGCCCGAGCAGGAACCCACAUCACUAGAAUGGAUGCCGCUGACGGAGGGUGACCAGGCACCGGUGCGACUCUUCGCCGGCUCCGACGCCAAAGGCACGCCUCUGCUCUUCAGCCCGCUCGUCCCUCCCCACGAAGGCAUAGACGACGCACGCUCCGAGCCCGACGUCGACCUCCCGCCUUCGCCAGCGGCCGACGCGUCCGUUUCCCAGCACGCCUCGGGCGUCCCCACCGAGGUGCCGGACGAGGAGCCACCCCCGGUGCCCUCCAAGGACGGGAUCCUCCUCUCCCUGAACCUCAAGCCGACGCAGCCGCUGCAGAUCCAGCGGCACUCCUCGCCGCUGCGCGCGUCCCCCGCGCUCAUCGAGUCCUUCGACCACGCGCGGAGCCACUCCGACCCCGUCAGCCCCGUCGUGAACCGCCAGCUCCGGCGGCGGCCCGUCCUCAUCGACGACCGCCCGUCGCUCAACCGGCUCACGACGCUGUUCGAGUCGGAUGGCGCGGUGAACCUGGAUUUCCUCGUGGGCAGCCCCCUCGCGAGCAGCCCGCUGAUAGGCAUCCCGAUUGUGGGGAGUCCGGUCUCGGCGGACCCCCUGGUGCCGGGGAGUCGGGUCGGAAUACCGAGGCAGGGCUUGCCGAGGAGUCCGUUGAUCCCGAGGGCGCCUCUGGUGAGGCAAGAGACGAGGGAGAGAGAGAGAGAGGCGACGACGCACUUGAGUCCGUCGAGGUUGCGGCCUGUGGAGGAACAGGAUGAGCUUUUGCUCGCGGAAGAUGGGAGCGUGGUCGCGGGGACCCUGCCCGCGCUCAUCGAGCGGCUGACACUAGAUACGCACGACCCGGUGCAGAUGCGCAAUUUUCAGCGGGCGUUCUUCAUGACGUACAAGUCCUUCGCGAACGCGGACGAGGUCUUCACGCUGCUGGAAGACCUCUUCCACACGGAGCGCCCCCCGGACGGGAGCCAGGAGGACCUCGACCUCGAACAGUGGCGCGAGCAGAGGCUCGAGCCGAUGCAGCGGCGCGUCCUGUUCAUACUCAAGAUGUGGUUCGAGGAGUACGGCAUGCUCCGCGACGAGCCGCACAUCGUCGGGCGGCUCGUCGAGUUCCUGUCGUCGCUCACGUCGCCGUUCGUCGCGAUGGCGCGGAGCAUGCUGGACUCGCUGCAGCGGCAUUUGGGCACGAAGUCGGCCACCCCUCCGACACCCGGCACGGCGAGGCGCAAACUCAAGCGCAAAGCGUCGAGGAACGACUUUGGGCGCCUGGAGCCGAUGGCUGUCGCGAGACAGCUAUGCCUCCACGAGCACCGGCUGUACGCGAAGCUGGAGCCGCGGGAGUGCAUGCACUGGAAGAACCCGGGCGCAGCAGACGGCAUCCCGAACCUGACCGCGUUCUGCAUGGCGCGUGCGAGGCUGACGGGGUGGGUGAGAGCGAGCUUGCUCGGCGUGGAUGGGCUCAGCCGCAGAGCGGAGAUGCUGGAGUUCUGGAUACACGUUGCUGAGGGAUGCAAGGAGCUCUGCAACUUCUCGUCAUUGAGUGGGAUCACGGCGGCCCUCUCUGAUCCCGCGAUCGCUCGUUCACAGUUCCUCUGGGCCCAUCUACCACGUGGGACACAACAAGAGGCGAUGGCGCUGCUCAACGAGCCCGCAGGUGACCAGUUACCCUACUGCGCACAGCAGGAAUCCGUCGACGGGCCGUGCGUCCCGUACGUCGAGCCGUACCUCGCGCUGGUCGCGCACGUCAGGGAGCACUUCCCGGACACGCUGCCCUCGCCGGAGACGGAGCAGCAGCUGAUCCACUUCGCGAAGCGGGAGAAGUGGUACGGCGCGGUGCAGGAGAUGCUGCGGCACCAGGCGCACGCGUACGACUUCGCGGAGGACCCGCAGACGGCGGAGUUCGUCGAGGCGAACGUGACGAGCAUCGCGCAGGACCAGAACUUUGGCGCGCUGCCCCACCAGAGCGAGCUGGACAUCGCGAAUCUGAAGAAGGUACUUGAGUCGUUGCCUUGAUGUGCUCCCUCUCGCCCCUGGGUUGGUGUGUAACUUAUUCUGUUAACGUGGCGAAUAUGCCUCUCUGCUCGGAAGGAUCACUCGAUAUACUUACUCUCUCUUUGGACUGAUCAUGGACAUCGCGAUAUCCUGCAUACUCUUGGUGUAGCUGCUUCCUCU